UCCGGAAGUGGGCGGGAAUUACCGAGAGAGGACGAGCGAGCAAGACAACUGCGUAACAACUCUGAGGAGAGAGAGAGCGUGAGACUAGAGAGAAAGAUAGAGAGAUAGAGAGAGAGAGAGACGGGGAAAGGGGAGAUCGGCUUGUUUGAUCACGCUGGGCUUAGAUUUGCUAGAAUUUUAUAUUGAAAGAAGAACCGCUUCCACGUUUAGACGAACAUGUUGAUGGAUUGUAAACCACUGUAAUUGAAUACAGUAUGUGAAGACCAGCAUACAGUUCAGUUCAAAUACAAGAGUAAAAUGUAAAGGUUUGUGGUGUUAAUCUCCAAAAGAACCUCCUGCAUUUACAUGGUAACAGAGACUUCAGACCAGAGAAGAUGGCAGUGUGGAUCCAAGCCCAGCAACUGCAAGGGGAGGCCUUGCACCAGAUGCAGUCCCUGUAUGGGCAUCACUUUCCUAUAGAAGUUCGUCAUUACCUAUCGCAGUGGAUUGAGAGUCAGACAUGGGACUCGAUCGAUCUGGAAAAUCCCCAGGAAGAAUUUCGAGCAAAACGCCUGCUGGAGAGUUUGGUUCAGGAGCUGCAAAACAAGGCCGAACAUCAAGUUGGAGAGGAUGGUUUUCUACUGAAAAUCAAACUAGGGCACUACGCCAGUCAACUGAAGAGCACCUAUGACCGAUGUCCGUUGGAGCUGGUUAGAUGUAUAAAACACAUUCUCUACACUGAGCAGAGACUUGUGCGGGAAGCAACUGAUUCUAGCUCCCCAGGUGGAGGCCUGCUAGACAGCAUGUCUCAGAAACACCUCCAGAUCAACCAGUCCUUCGAGGAGCUGCGUAUGAUGACCCAAGACACUGAGAAUGACCUGCGCAAGCUGCAGCACAACCAGGAGUACUUCAUCAUCCAGUACCAGGAGAGCCUGCGCAUACAGGCUCAGCUGUCCAGCCUGACUACUCUCCCUCCCGCUGACCGUCUCUUGAGAGAACCCGCUCUGCAGACCAAAAGAGCUACUGUGGAGGCCUGGUUAACAAGGGAAGCUAAUACACUACAGAAAUACAGACUGGAUCUAGCUGAGAAGCACCAGAAGACGCUGCAGUUGCUCCACAAGCAGCAGACCAUCAUCCUGGACGACGAGCUCAUCCAGUGGAAGCGGCGGCAGCAGCUGUCGGGCAACGGGGGACCCCCUGAGGGAGGCCUGGACGUGGUGCAGUCCUGGUGUGAGAAGCUGGCAGAGAUAAACUGGCAGAACCGACAACAGAUCAGGAGAGCAGAACAUCUACGACAGCAGCUGCCCAUUCCCGGCCCAAUAGAAGAGUUACUCACCGAUCUCAACAAGCAAAUCACAGACAUUAUAUCCGCACUCGUGACCAGCACCUUUAUUAUUGAGAAGCAGCCCCCCCAGGUGUUGAAAACGCAGACGAAGUUUGCUGCUACAGUGCGCUUGCUGGUUGGGGGGAAGUUGAAUGUCCACAUGAACCCGCCCCAGGUGAAAGCCACGAUAAUCAGCGAACAGCAAGCCAAGGCCCUCUUGAAAAAGGAGAACACCAGGAAUGACAGUAGUGGAGAGAUUCUAAACAAUAACUGUGUAAUGGAAUACCACCAAGCCACUGGAACCCUGAGUGCCCACUUUAGAAACAUGUCCCUAAAAAGAAUCAAGCGCUCAGAUCGGCGAGGGGCAGAGUCAGUAACAGAAGAGAAGUUCACGAUCCUCUUCGAGUCACAGUUUAGCGUCGGUGGAAACGAACUCAUGUUUCAAGUAAAGACUUUAUCACUCCCUGUAGUAGUGAUAGUUCAUGGAAGCCAAGACAACAAUGCCACAGCCACGGUUCUCUGGGAUAAUGCAUUUGCUGAGCCAGGACGGGUGCCGUUCUCAGUUCCUGACAAAGUGCUUUGGCCGCAGCUCUGUGAGGCACUUAACAUGAAGUUCAAGGCGGAGAUGCAGAGUAGCAGGGGCCUUUCGGAGGAGAAUCUGGUGUUCCUGGCGCAGAAAGCUUUCAGCAGCUCUAGCAUCAACCCAGAGGAGUAUCGCAGCAUGACCAUGACCUGGUCCCAGUUCAACAGGGAAAGUUUACCUGGCCGGAACUUCACAUUUUGGCAGUGGUUUGAUGGAGUUAUGGAGCUCACAAAAAAGCACUUGAAACCUCAUUGGAACGAUGGAGCCAUCCUGGGGUUUGUGAACAAACAGCAGGCGCAGGAUAUGCUCAUGUCGAAGCCGAAUGGCACGUUUCUUCUGCGGUUCAGCGACUCGGAGAUUGGAGGCAUAACGAUUGCCUGGGUGGCGGAGAAUCCCAAUAAAGCUGGGGAGAGGUUGGUCUGGAAUUUAAUGCCGUACACAACCAAAGAUUUCUCUAUCCGAUCCUUGGCCGACCGUAUCAGUGACCUGAAUCACCUGCUGUUUCUGUAUCCUGACAGACCGAAAGACGAAGUCUUCUCAAAAUAUUACACCCCUCCUCUGUCUAAAGCAGUGGAUGGAUACGUAAAGCCACAGAUCAAACAAGUAGUUCCAGAGUUUGCAACAGCCUCUUCAGAUUCUGCAAGUGGAAAUCAAACAUACAUGGAUCACGCCUCGUCACCUGCUGUGAGCCAUUCACACACAUAUGGCAUGUAUCCACCAAGCGCUGAUUCAAUGCUGGAUGGAGAUGGGGAUUUUGACCUGGACGACACAAUGGAUGUAGCGAGACAUGUGGAAGAGCUGCUUCGUAGGCCAAUGGAAAGUCAAUGGAUCGGAAGCAACCAGUCGUGACCCAGUAGCUUCUCCUAAAGAAAACCAGCUACAUUUUCUGAUGGUUUAAUUCCAUUUUUUUUUAAACCAUAAUGUGAAAUGUUAAUAAAGCAUUUUUUUUUUUUUUUUUGGUGGGAAAUGUUUCGUUAAUUGCUUGCAAAACAAAUAAUGCUGCAGUUAAUACUACAGGGAGAUAUAUAGCUUAUUAUAUUGUAAAAAGGCAACAUGUUAUUUGCAUGCUUUAGUUAUUCUUAUUGCUUUGCUGGACUUUAGUGAGAGAGAGAAAACCUACUGUACAAAUCAGUUCAUUCAACUGAAUGGUCCGUCAUAGGUGUUUACUGCAGAUAUUUGAUUUCACUGCCCUUUACCAAAAAAGAAAAAAAAACAAAACAUUGUUUUCUUUAUUAAAUUGACGUAAGGUUUCGUUGUUUUGAUAUUAGUUAAAGACGUUUAAAUGUUUGUGUGUUUUAAAGUAAUGUUUGGGGUGUGUUUUAAGCUGCACAGGAGCAGGCGCAGCACCUAAAACCCAAACGGACUGAAAGAGACAUGUUUGCGAAACUCAGCUUUGUGGUGGCAUGUUCUCACCUGCAAUGCAUUCAGUUGACCGGACACUGUGUGACGCAGGGUUGAAAAUCCAGUAUGGGCUUCACUUUUAUCAGACUUCGGGGAGUUGGGAAGUUGGGGGUGUUUGAGAAAUGCUGUAUCCAACAUGUCUUUUGAAUAUGUUACAGUCACAGUACGUAUGUGAGACAACUGUUUGACCUGCUUGAUUUGGCAGAUUGAAGCCUCACCAUCAAAACAAGCGAACUAGCAACCAAAUUUAAUUCCUGAUUUUCAGGUUACCACGAACAAGCCAUAAAGGUCUCAGGAAUGUGAUUGAAUUUGCAGAUUACCAUAUCGCGGGGAUUGUAAUGUGCAGUGCUAGGGAAUUUAAAAAAAAUUAAAAAAAUUAAAUAAUUACAAUUAAAAAAUGUAUAUUUAAUAUUUUAAAAAGAUUGCUAUUUUAGUACCAUGUGUAUGUAUCUAUUGCCUAGUGUUCAGAUCAUGACACACACAAAAAGCCAUCAAUCCCCUAUUUCUGAGUUGCAUUUUUGUAAAAUGCCAUAGGGAAAGAAUGUUAAGGUCACAUCAGAAAGACAGUUUAAUUUGUAAUAAACGCAAAAAAAAAAAAAGUAUGUUGUCUACUACAUAAGUGUUGGAUUUUUGAUACAGUAAUUAAACCGGGAAGGUUUGCUGUUUUGUAGUGUUUUUGUGUGUGUGUGUUUUGGUUUUAGAAAAAUCUAAUUCCAGGGUGCCUGUCAGAUCACAGUUUUUAUGUACUGUGACACAGCUGCAGGCAGUGUGUAUAGAGUAACAAUUGAUAUAUGGCUUGCAAUUUUGACAUUGUCUUUUAAUACAUUGUUGAUAUGGCAUUGAAGUGAUAAAAUAUCAGAUAAGGUGAUCAGGUUUGAACAGAGCUGUUUAUUUUGUUGAAAGGUUAUUAAGCUGCUGUACCAUUUAAAACAUGUUAUACAAGUUUGAUUAGUAUUGAAAUACAACAGUGCCUAUCCACAAACGUUUUAGGGAACUUUUUGUUUUCUUGGAAUGCUACUGCGGACAGAUGCAGAAUGACUCCUUAAGGUAUCGGAAUCUCAUUUUAUUCGACUUUUUUAAUAUAUUCGGUUUUGUGAAAAGUUCAAAUGUCUAAAGUUAAUACUGAGGUCUCCUUAAAGUGAUUGUAUCAUACAAAGCAAAAAUAAUAAUCUUACCUAUGGUGUACCUUCAUUCUCUCAUAUUGGUCUCCAGUGUGCAGUUUUGGAGGAAACGUCUAUUUUCAUUUUAAAAAUAUGAUAUCUGGUUCUACGCUUGGUUAAGAGGUCUGUGUUUGCAGAACAUUGUUUUGUGGUAGUGCUGCACUCCCUUGGUCGUUUGACCUGGAGAGUGACAUUGUCCCCGCCCCAUCACAUCUUCUUUCCUGUAAUUAACCAACCAGCUGCUUCCCCUAAUGACUGGCAGACUUCCUAAGGCAUGAAAACUAAGAACUUUUUUUUUUUUUUUACUUAGUUACAAUAUAGUGUGUGUUUCUUUCAAAACUGCUCAUUUGAAACCUUAAGCAAUGAAAGAUGCAAGGAAAUCAUUUUUUUGUUUUUGUUUUUGUUAAUAUUCAAUGUCAAGGUGUUUAAAAACCAAACUAGCAAGUCAAACGUAUCCCGGCUUGAUUGCUUUGUCUCUUGUAUUUGUGUUUUUGGUUUCUUUUUUUCCUGUUGCUUUAAAUCUACACACUGCCAAGAAACAAACUCUGUAUAUAAUUUCCUUCGGGGCAAAGGAUAUAUAGUUCAUUAAUCAUCAACCUAGCAGCGACCAAAUAAAAUAAAAACAAACACAGAAUUCAAUAGCGCCUCCUCCUAGAAGAGAAGCAAACUGCAUCUAACAGAAUACUGAUUCCUGUUGAAUGCGACUCAUAAAAAGGCUACAAUGUAAAAUGUCCAAUCCCCAACCUUAACAUGUAAUGGUGACAAGGCCUUUAUAUAAAAGGCUUAUUUUUUUAAAUAAAAAAAAAAGAAAGAAA